AUGGAAAAGCUAUGUGGGGUCACAGCAGUACAUCUGGAACAGCUGCCGGGUGGAGCAGUGCAGGUGGUCACAGCAGAGGGGGUGGUACAACUGCCGGAUGGAGUAGAGCAAGUGGUCCCCACAGAGGAGGUGGUACAGCUGCCGGGUGGAGCAGAGCAGGUGGUCACAGCAGAGGAGGUGGUACAGCUGCCGGGUGGAGCAGAGCAGGUGGUCACAGCAGAGGAGGUGGUACAGCUGCCGGGUGGAGUAGAGCAGGUGGUCCCAGCAGAGGAGGUGGUACAGCUGCCGGGUGGAGCAGAGCAGGUGGUCACAGCAGAGGAGGUGGUACAGCUGCCGGAUGGAGCAGAGCAGGUGGUCCCAGCAGAGGAGAUGGUACAGCUGCCGGGUGGAGCAGAGCAGGUGAUCCCAGCAGAGGAGGUGGUACAGCUGCCGGGUGGAGCAGAGCAGGUGGUCCCAGCAGAGGGGGUGGUACAGCUGCCGGAUGGAGCAGAGCAGGUGGUCCCAGCAGAGGAGGUGGUACAGCUGCCGGGUGGAGCAGAGCAGGUGGUCCCAGCAGAGGAGGUGGUACACUUGCCGGGUGGAGCAGAGCAGGUAGUCCCAGCAGAGGAGGCGGUACAGCUGCCGGGUGGAGCAGAGCAGGUGGUCACAGCAGAGGAGGUGGUACAGCUGCCGGAUGGAGCAGAGCAGGUGAUCCCAGCAGAGGAGAUGGUACAGCUGCCGGGUGGAGCAGAGCAGGUGGUCCCAGCAGAGGAGAUGGUACAGCUGCCGAGUGGAGCAGAGCAGGUGGUCACAGCAGAGGAGGUGGUACAGCUGCUGGAUGGAGCAGAGCAGGUGGUUCCAGCAGAGGAGGUGAGGGGCCCACUGGCUGAACUGAACCUACUAUAAAAGUGGUUAAAUUCAUUGGCCUUGUCCACAUCGCCCACUGUCUCGCUAACUUUACUUUUGUAGCCAGUAAUGGUCUUCAUACCCUUCCACACCUCCCUUGUACUGUUACCCCGCAUAUUCCAUUGCAGACCCCUUCCAAAGUCUCUUCUGGCCGCCCUUAAACUCUUCCUCAACUCAUGUUGCACACUCCUAACCCUCUCACGGUCCCCAGAUUUGAAUGCCUCUUUUUUUAGAUUCAGGAGGCUCUUAAUGUUGCUAGUGAUCCAUGGCUUAUUGUUUGCAAAAGAGUGGACUGUUCUCAUGGGUACCACCACAUCAGUACAGAAGUUCACAUAAUCAGUAACACGGUCCACUAUCCCAUCUAUGUCAUUAUCAGCCUCUUGUGAGACAAUAAGUGUGUCCCAGUCAGUUGAUUCAAAACAAUCCUGUAGAGCUUCGAAGACCUCAGGAGUCCAUUUACGGAAAGAUCGACAGGUGGGAGGUAGUCUCAUUACACAAGGUUUAUAAUGUGGCUUAAGAUAAAUCAUAUUGUGGUCUGAUUUACCCAAAGGUGGCAUAGCCAGUGCUUUAUAGGCAUCUUUAACAUUGAUAAAACACAGAUCUAACGUGUUGUUAUAUCUGGUGGGGCAGAUGACAUACUGUGUGAAUCCCCCUAAAUGAGUGCUCAUGUCCACAUGAUUAAAAUCACCCGAUAUAAUAAUACAGGAAUCAGGGUGGGCGGACUGUACAUUCGCCACUGCCUCCUGAAUGACGUCACACGCGUACGUAGGCUGAGCGCCCGGCGGGAUGUAAACAAUAAUGGCGACGAUGUGGGAGAACUCCCUCGGCACAUAAUAGGGUCUCAAACCAACUACUAAAAGCUCUACUUCGCGAUGACAUACCCUCUCUUUCACAGUAAUAUGUCCGGAAUUACACCACUUCUCAUUCACAAGCAGAACGAGACCCCCACCUCUAGUUUUCCCACACAAUUCCGGAUUUCUAUCAGCACGUACCAUGGUGAAGCCGGUGAUGCUAACAGCAGAGUCCGGGAUGUCGUUAUUUAGCCAUGAUUCCGUGAGGAAAUAUAAACUGCCCUCUCGGUAAGUCCUGUCAUUCUUCAUC